AUUCAUAAAGAUCGCGCACAUUGAAGGAGUUGCCACAGCGAGGCACGCACGCAUCUCUGUAUUUAAAUACUGUUUGUUGGGCAAUACUGUUUGUUAGUGUUGUGAGAAAUGAGCGGAAACUUUCUUACAAUACCCGGGGACGAUCCCAUACAGAGAAGAUCACGGAGCUCGUCAUUGACAGAUUUAAUAUCUGCGUUCGACAAUAAAGCUCAAGCCCACACAGAACUUCAGAAAAUAACAGCCUUCAGUGGCAGCUUCGAUAAAAAUCUUAAACCAACCUUCUCCAAAGAUGAAUAUGGAAAACCCAUCCCAGGAUCAAAGACUGAGUACAGAGGCGCUGAAGCACAGGCUAGAGUUUGUACGGAAAUGAAAGAACUUUGCGAAAUUAUUAACGAAUACGGAAAGAGUCCCUGCAAGAGCCUCUUACCACCGGAACUGAAAGAUGCCACAAAGGUCAUAUCAUUCGGUGAACUAUUCACAAUAUACACAGUGAUCUCAGACAAACUCGUUGGCAUAUUGCUAAGGACGAGGAAGCAUCAACUGACGUUUUUUGAAGGCGAAGUCUUAUUCCAGAAACGUGAUGACGACGUUCCGGUGUUUCUGAUGCAGCCAAUUGGUGAUAUUCGAGCGUACUGUGACAACAAGGCUCUACAAGCGAGACGAUCAGUAUCUCCGAUGCCUAAUUAGGACACUAUUGAAAUUAUAAUCAAUUAUAACGUGUUUUUCCACUUAACGUGAAUCAAGUCCGCUGAUUGAAGCCAUUGGUAUCCUAUACUACCUAAUGAUGUUUUUACAUUUAUAUGAAUUUCUUUUUGUGUUAGUGGUUUGAACGGGCGGCUAUAGUAUUCCUGUUCUUUAUUUUGAUUUAUGGUAGUGUGUGAUGAAUCGUAGGGAAUUAUGAAUAUAGAAAUUUAUCGGACAUACUCAGACAUUUGUCUUUAUCGUCGUUGUGGAUUAUAUUAAAAAGGUUAUUCAUAUAUAUUUUUUUAAAUAUAUCAAAUUUUUUAAACAAAUUUCUUCUUAUUUUUCUUAUAAAUAAGAGGAACGUUAAAAGGUAGUUUUGACAACAACGAAUUGGGUGGUACAUUAUUUUUUAUAUAUGUUACUGUAAAAGUUUAACUAACGGUAAAUCUUAAGAUUGUCCAGUAAAUUUUUGUAUUUACCAAUAUGAGUUGGUAAAUGUUGAAACCAGGACGAUCUUUUCCGGACUAUUUCCAUUCGAAUUCGGUAUAUGCUAGGUUGUACUGCAGGUUGGUAGAUGUUGGUAUUAGGACUUAAACAAUAAAGAAUUCUUAAUUAUUUACUUCAAUAAACCUAAACUGAUGCCUCUUUUGGAAUUUUUUACAUCUUAGGUUUUACUGGAUCAUCUUAGGAUUUACCACAAUUCGAGCUGUUACAGUAACAUAAAUUGAAAUUAAAAAAACUUAGAACAAAUAAGAAAAGUAUAUGUUAUGCUAUCUAUCUAUUUAUCUUUAUUUGUAUAGUGUACUCUAGAAUUAUAUAAUUAACAAAGACUAGCUCGUACUUUGAUGUUUCCAAAUAUCUAUGUCAGGAUUUACUAAUUACAUACAUCAUAAGAACGUAAAAGGUUAUUGGGUCACAAACAACAAUCAUUCGGAAAGACGAGAAUUUUUUUUUCAUGUUAUUGUCUAAAGACACAACAGCGCUUUUACAGUUAAAAAGUAUUUAUAUGAUUCUCAAAAUUAACUUCCAUCUAAUAUAUUAAAAAUCAUAAGAGUUAUAAAUUAUUUUCGUUAUAUAGUUUUAUUGUAUGGGACCUAUAUAUUGUGUUGUGAUUAUCAAUUGGUGUUGAGAAAUUAUUUGUGUAAACUAUUCCUGAAUCUAGUCAUUGAAAUAUUUUGUUUCAUAUUUUUUUUUUUUAGUAAUACAUAUUAUAUUAUAACAUGGUUUUUGUAAAUAUAUUGUAUGAUUUUUUGUUUUUGUGGAAUCUAGUCAUCUUUAGUACAUAUACUUUUACAAUAAUGUAAGUGAACGCACAGUAAAUUAAGGCUGAGUGGUAUUGGAAUGUUUUAUUGAAAAACAUCUUCUAAGAAACUGCUUUUUUUAAAACAAAUGAAUAAAUCUCAAAGGUUUUUGCUUUAAA